CGGGCGGCGGCGGGCGCCACGUCGGCAGCGGGGACGGGCGGAGGAGUAAAGUCUGAGCGGAGCCCGGGCGGGCCGAGCGAGUCGUGAGCGCCGUGCGGUGUAUGCAGAAUACUUUUGUGGAAACAACUAUCUAGAAAUCUUCACAAAAAAUAUAUUUGGCAAUAAUGAAUCAAAUGGACAAAAAUCAACAGGAAGUCCCAUCAUACGUUCACGAUGAACCACCAGAAGGGUCACUCAAAGACCACCCGCAGCAGCAGGCUGGCAUGCUUUCUCGUGUGACUGGUGGCCUCUUCAGUGUCACAAAGGGAGCUGUUGGUGCCACGAUUGGGGGCGUUGCUUGGAUUGGAGGGAAGAGCUUGGAAAUCACCAAAACAGCAGUCACAUCUGUGCCUUCCGUGGGAGUGGGUCUAGUCAAGGGAAGUGUUUCUGCUGUAGCUGGAGGCGUUACAGCUGUAGGAUCUGCUGUUGCAAGUAAAGUGCCUUUAACAGGAAAGAAAAAGGACAAGUCUGACUAAAGCCAAAACUGAGACAUACUUGAUUCUCCAGGAUAUUGCAUCAGUGGCAUUAAAAUCUGCUAAGAUUGGGACCAUGAGAAGCCAUGUGUCUUAGACACUUUAUCUUCUAACGAGUUGUUCAAGUAACUCGAUUUCAUCUGAAACGGACAGAAGAAGCUUGGCUAGCACAGCGUGUGAGGAUUUAUUAGAGCCUAGAUUGAAGCUUUGUAUCUGGUGAAAUGUUACACUUGAUAACUAUAGAAGUGAGUGUAUCUGAAGGAAUAAUACAUAUUUGAAUAGUCAUUUACUGUACAUCUUCUGCAGUUUUGGACUAAAAUGUGAAUGUAGAAACUUGGUCAUCUCUGCGAUGUCAUCGAUACAAUGAGAUGCCAAUUACUGUUCUCAGUGGUUUCCACAUCCUCCUGCUAAGGAUCCCUCAGCUGUGUGAAAGUACUGUUGGACAUACCCAGUCUUGGUUAUGAACCUGUAUUUGCAGGCAGCCUGUAAAUAUCCCUGACUGCAUUAUGCCAAUGAAGACUGGAGCAAAGAGACUGGAGGUGUGCAGAAAUUGGAAAUGAGAAUGGGAGAUAGAAGUGAAAAAGUUUAACAUCGUGGUAGAAAGGAUCAUAAAGAGUAAACUAACUUAAUGCCUUAUUAGAAGAAAAUCUCUUUUUACUAGGUGAAGCUGUGUAAAGAACUGUCCUAUCGUUUCAGUGCAGUUUACAGAAUGAGCUUUAGGCUCUUUAUAAAUCCUGAUAUCUGAAACUUUGUUGGUUUUUACUGAAAACGUGAUUGCUUCAUCUCAGGUGUAUUUAAUAAUAUGCAUCUAUCCAUCUAUCUCCUGCAAGUGAGAACUUGCUUCUAAUAAACUUCUAAUAGACACUAGAAAAAAUGACAGCCUGUGGAAACUGGGCUGGUGUUUGUGGUCAUCUAGCACAGCUGUUUAACUUGCUAGGAAUUCUUGUGUAGCUGGAAACCACUGAAGAACUAGCAAAGCUGUUCUCUCAACUCCGUGAUACACCAGGUUGGCUUUUUGCUCUGUUUAAGCAAGGCAAUUUUCACUACAUUUCUUGUACUUUUCACUUUGCUUUUUGAGUAAAAUGCAAUACUUUUAUUUAAAGUAAACCAAAAACAGUAGGUGAGGCCUUAAAAAAACCCCCAUUAUUCAAGUAAUGUUGUAUACUGACAGAUUCCAAAUGUUGACACCUCAAAUGGGAACACUUGUACAUCCUCUGCAGCAUGUGAGGCAAAAUGCACUUGUAAUGGCACAGCGUGAGGUUGCCUUAAAAUACAAACUAUUUGUGGUCUUUUAUUUGUUUACUGAUUUUGCAAAUAAGUAACCUCUUUGGAAGCCCAUGGAAGGCAUCUGUUCAUGUUGUGUAUGUAGUAUUUUCUAAAAAUUUGUGUUUCUAUGGAAAACUUGUACGCUUACUUUUUCAGUGGCUGCGGUUGUACUAGAAGGUUAUACGAGGAGGACUUUUUAAAAAUGAAAAAAACCUGAAACAUAUCACUUGUCCUUAGUCCUCUCAGUCACUUAGUCCUCUGUUCACAGGUGUUGGAAUACACCAUGUCUCAAUUAGGGUGCUGUAGUCACCAGUCUCUCUGAGUCAUUAGUACUUCAACAGCACUCUGUAACAACUUUAUUUUAUAUCAGAAAUUGUAUAUGUUGGAAGCAUGAUACUUGUAAGAAUGGGAACUUGGGGCUGUGGGGAGAACAAAAGCCCAAGAAAUGGUGUCUGCUCCUUCUGUUAGAUGGACCAGCUGCUUGGUUCCGGUCUGCUGCAAGGGUAUAAUGAGGUAAGUUGAUGCAACAAAUGGAAGGCUUUAAGUAAUUUUUUAUAGUCAAAAGCAAAUUGCAUAGAAUAUAGUAUUGUUUAGAGGUACCAGUUAGCUCUAGAAAUGAGCUAGCCUGGAUAGCUGAGGCAGUCUUGCUGCAGCAUGUAAUUUAGUAUGGUCUGCUCCCCUGCAAUUUUCAAUGUAGCAAUAUCCCCCAAGUGCUGCCACUGAAUUCUUUAGGAGUCACCUGUUUAGAGCACAGUGAUAAUUUGUGAUACUCAACCAAACUCUUCCUAAUGGUUUUUCUGUAAAUGGGAAUGUUGAACUGGUCAUAACCAUUCUUUUAUUAUUUUUUUUUAAUUUUAAAAUACGAAACUUGCAGCAAAACAAGCGUGGUCUGAGAUAAGCAGUGUUAGGUAUGUCAAGAGUUGUCAACACUUCAUUAUAUUUUGUUCUUAACAUAUCCUGUAGCUAUUAUUUUGGGUCUUGUAACUGAAACACUUUUACAUGGCAUAUGGUUUUAGUUUUCAAAGAGCUUUGUCCUAUAUCCUGUGUGUUUUCCAUUCGCUUACGAAACUUGCUUCAUCUUAAAAACUUGUUCCAAUUCUGACCUGCCACCUGUGAAACAUUAAAUUGUUGCUGUUUCAGACA